UAUUCUAUCAUUUUUUUUUCUUUGUGGUAUAAUUCUAUUGUCAUAUAAAUUUGCUUCAUGUGUUUCAAUAUUUUUAUUUCCUUUCCUAGGAUGCUUCCUUAACAAUCAACAAAUAUUGGACAAAAGCUUUUAGCGUUGAAGCAAAAUAUUUUUGCCUAAUUUGGCAAACUCUUUGUAUCUUCGAAACACGAUAUCUCUUACAAUUUUUAAUCUCCCGACAACGCACGGGCAUAACUUUAUAGGCCAUCCUAAUUUGUGACCUGCAUCUUUUUUUAAUUGACCUUAGUGAAGUACACAAUUUUACAUGCAGUUUAGGGCCCAUUUGAUAACCUAGUUUUAGAGUACACAUGUUGUUAAAUUAGAAGAAGAAUAUAAAACUUAGUGCUUUUAGAUUUCUUAGUUGUUUUUGCUUUUGGUUAGCAAAUUGCAAUUGUAUCCAGAAGAACUUGGCAAGAAAGAAAGAAAUUAUUACGUACUCCCCCUUCUUACUUCAUUAGCUUAUUCUUAAUUUACAGAACGACCGAUUUGCAUUGGUGCUCCAAGGAACGUAAAUAUUGAAGAUCAACUCACUUCAUAGAUAACCAAUAGAGCUAAGGGCAUGGAGAUUGUUAAUCAAAUUGUUGGAAAAGUUGCCGAGUAUGCACUUGAACCAGCUAUACGCCAAGUGGGUUACCUACUUCACUGCAAAAGAAACCUCGAGAGUCUACAGACUCAAGUGAACGAAUUAAGUGCCGCUAGAGAGCGGCUAGAGCGCGAGGUUGUUCGAGUUGAAGAAAUAGGUGAAAAAAUCCACACUGACGUCCUGAACUGGCGGAAAAGCGUGGUUGAGAUCACCGAGAAGGCGAAGGAAUUAUGCAAGCCUGAUACGCAAGCAAAGAUGAGCUGUCUCCGUGGGGUUUGUCCAAACCCGGUGCUCCGUUACAAGCUAGGCAGGAGAUCAACAAAGUUGGAGCAGGCGGUUGUUGAGCUCUACGCAAAAAGAGAUUUCGCUAUCAUUUCGUACAAUGUCCGCCCACAAGAGGUAUCCAUGGUAUCUGACAAACUGUAUGAGGUAUUUGAUUCGAGGACUUCAACUGUAAAGGAAAUCAUGGAUGAACUGAGAAUUCCUAAUACCGACCUGAUUUUGGUGUAUGGUAUUGGAGGCGUGGGGAAGACCACAUUGGUUGAACAAGUCCUUAGGCAAGCUCUAAAAGAAAAGUUAUUUACUGAUGCGGUUAUGGUAAGAAGUGUGCAAAAUCCGAACCUUGAAGGAAUUCAAAAAGAAAUUGCCAGAAAGUUAGGUAUGGAAGUUUAUGAAAGCGAAACUAUGUCAGAAAGAGCACUUCGUCUAUGUAACAUGAUAAAAGCCAAGAAAGUUCUUGUAAUUUUAGACAACAUUUGGGAAAGCAUUGACUUGCAGAGUGUAGGACUUCCUUGUCUGCCGACUUGUGGAAUACUGUUGACAUCCAGAGCUCGAAAAUUGCUAUCCUCAGAGAAGCGGUUGCAAAAAGACUUUCUGCUUAAAGUUUUAAACGAGGAAGAAGCUUGGCGUUUAUUUGAGAUGAAGGCAGGUGGUGUUGUUAAAAAUCCCAAUAUACAAACUGUGGCAACUGAAGUAGCCAAAAAAUGCGGAGGUUUGCCAGUUUUGGUUGUCACAGUCGCAAGCUCUUUAAGAAAUAGAAGUACUUUACCAGUAUGGAGGGAUGCCUUGAGAUGCCUAAAAGUGUUUGACAACGAACACUCAGCCGAACACGAAGCAUACUCGGCUUUAGAGUGGAGUUACAAUCAAUUGGAUGAUCAAAAGCUUAAGCCCCUAUUCUUGAUAUGUGGAAUGUUGGCACGUCUUGGGGGAGCCUACGCUACUUUGACAAACUUGUUGAAAUAUACAAUUGGUUUGGGUUUGUUUAAUAACAUUGACUCAGUGGAGCACGCACAAUAUGCAUUGCACUCGCGGAUUGAAGAGCUUAAAGAUUCUUGUCUGUUACUCGAAUCUGAGGAUAAUACAUCAUUCACAAUGCAUGAUAUGGUACACAAUGUUGCCAUCUCGAUUGCAUCCAAAGGCCAACAUGCCUUAUUAAGAACAUAUGGAGAUGAGUUGAAGGAAUGGCCAAACAAUAAGGAUUUUUUGGAAAAUUGCAAAAUGAUCUCUUUGCCUUGCAAAAACAUCCCUAGGCUUCCUGAAGUUUUGAAAUGCCAACAACUGGAGUUUUUUCAUUUGCAAUAUGAUGGUGACUUGCUUGAAAUCCCAGGUAACUUUUUCGAGGAGAUGAGAAAGCUUAAAGUUAUGGAUUUCACCAAUGUGCAUAUUUGGUCGUUACCUCCAUCUCUUCUGCUCCUAGAAAAUCUUCGUACAUUGUGUUUGGAUCAAUGCGUGGUGGGAGACAUAACUCUAGUUGGACAGCUAUCGCAACUAGAAAUUCUCAGCUUUAGAUAUUCCAAGCUUAAAGAGUUACCGAAAGAAAUAGGGAAAUUGACUCGUCUUCGACUGCUGGAUUUAAGCUGGUGCUCUGAGCUCAAAAUGAUUUCACCUAAUGUUAUAUCAAGUUUGAAAAGUCUAGAAGACUUGAGAAUGAAAAACAGCUUCAACGGAUGGGUGCCAGAAGGAAUCACCGGAGAAAGAAGUAAUGCUAGCCUUUUGGAACUGAAGGACUUGCCUCGUUUAGCUGCAUUAAGCGUACAUGUUCCAGAUGCUAGCAGUAUUCCGACAGACUUGUUCACAGACAAGUUAAAAAGAUACGAAAUAUUAAUCGGCACUGCGCCAAAAUGGGACGAUGUGGAUGAAACCCUCAAUACAUUGAAGCUCCACGAAAUGCGGAAGUUGAUGCAUCUACACAACGAGAAUUUCCCAAGGGCAGACCCAGUUUUUCCAAGCUUGAAAGUUCUACAUGUGGUUGUUUGUGCUGCAUUGAAGGAUCCGGUGUUAUCUGUUAUUCCCUUCAAGAAUUUAACAACUUUGGAAGUAGUUGGUUGUCAUAGAUUGAAAUAUUUAACAACUUACACUAUAGCCAAAACUUUAAAGCGGCUAAGAGAAAUGACGGUUGGGCAUUGUAAAAGAAUGAGAGGAAUAGGGGCAACGACAUCAGAUGCAGAUGAUGCAGAAAAUGAUGGUGAGAUUUGUUUUAGCCAGUUGCAAAGUUUGAAACUUUACUCUCUACCACGUCUGCAAGAUUUCUUCUCUGGAAAUUGCAUUGUCAAAUUCCGAUCCUUGAAAACCGUACAUAUAUACAAAUGCCCUGAGUUGAAGAUUAACUGCCUUGAGUGGAAGAGUUCCCCAGAACUAGGAGUGCAGAUAACAGAGGAGGUAGUACGAGAUUAUUAUUGGUGUCGCAAGGACGACGACGACGACAAUGAAGUUGAUGCAGAUGGUGGUCUUGGUGAUGGUAAUGAAUCUAAUGAUGAUGUUUACGGUAGAUGGUGAUGAUAUUUCUGAUGACGGAAGCUAUGAAGAUUCUAAUGACCAUCGAGAUGGUGAUGCAGAUAUUGA